AUGGCGAAAGUGACCAAGACGUUCAAGACCCCCAAGACAGCGGCCGGCCGGUCCGCGGCAAAGCUCUCGAAGAACGUGAUCAAGGGCUCGCACGGAAAGGUGCUGAAGAUCCGCACCAAGGUGCACUUCUACCGCCCCAAGACGCUGCGUCUGGCGCGUUCGCCCCGCUAUGCUCGCAAGGCCGUGCCUUCGCGCAACAAAAUGGACAAGUACCGUAUCAUUAAGUGUCCGCUCACGACCGAGUCGGCCAUGAAGAAGAUUGAGGACAACAACACGCUUGUGUUCUUGGUGGACUUGCUGGCUAACAAGCGCCAGAUCCAGGAUGCUGUGAAGCAGCUUUACGACAUUAAGGUCGCCAAGGUCAACACCCUGAUCAGACCCGAUGGCCAGAAGAAAGCGUACGUUCGCCUGACAGCUGACUACGAUGCUCUGGACGUGGCCAACCGCAUCGGCGUGAUCUAA